UGAGUGGGUGUGGGGGUUUGUAUUUUGGUGGGGUGAUCGAGUGAACGGAAUGUAGCGGAAGUAGAAAAAUUGUUUGUUUACCAUCCGAACACUCAACAGGAACGUAAGACAUAAUGUCUUCGCUUUAUUAACGAUGUUUCUAACAUGAAUUAUAACUACAUUGACUACGAAUCCAUUUCUAUACUCGUAAAAAGAACAAUAAUUUUAGACAACAAACAUGCAAAAGUUUGGCGCAAUUGCUGUGCUUGUAUUUAGCUUCAUAUCUGGGGUUCAAGUGAAAGAUAAAUUUAGAGAAGACCCUGUCUACGUGGGUUGUUACAUGUUUAGCAAUGAAAACAUUUACUUGUACGAACCAACAAAUGUCGGAGCCGCCAACACAGUUGAGGAGUGUGUCGCAGUUUGUGCUGACAAAUAUUAUAGGUAUGCAGCAAUAAAAAAUGCAGAAAAAUGUUCCUGUGGAAGUUCACUUGAAGACCAUGGUCCUACUGUUAAGGCAGAGUGUAAUAAAUAUUGCAAUGGGAACUUGUCUCAGCCUUGUGGUGGAAGCAAAGCUAAUUCUGUAUAUGACACAGGAGAAAGGGUUGCAGGUCCACCAAACACUCUACAGGUAGCAAGUGUGUCAGACACAAUGAUUGAAGUUACUUGGACUCCACCUAAAGCUGCAAAUGGUGAAAUAAAUAGCUACACUGUGACAGCAGCCCCCAAUCACACUUAUGCCACCACCACUCCUGUACAAACAAUUCUACUCACAUAUCAGAGCUCAGUUACAAGUGCCAAUAUUAUUGGCCUGCAUCCAGGAACGGAGUACCAAAUAUCAGUGUCUGCAAUCACUGCGGCUGGGACAGGUGUUCCAAAAACACUUACUACCUAUACACAAAUUGGAGAGCCUAAUGAACCAGAUGUUCCAGAAAUCAUUAGCCGUCAUAAUGGUAGAAUGAAUGUUCGUCUGAGCCCUGCAUUCAGUGAAAAUGGUCCAAUUUCAGCAUACAGAAUUAUUGUUUUGGAAGGCAAGAAUUUUGCAUUUGAUGAAAAUUUGCUGAAAUCGUAUGAAGAAGCACAAAAAGAUGGCAGUCCCUACUACAUUGCAGCUGAACUAAAACCAGAGGAAUUUAGAAGUCAAUUCACUGUGGGAGACAACAAAACAUAUGGUGGAUAUUAUAACCCACCUAUCCCAGAGCUGGUGGAUACUCAUGUAAGCCUUGGUGUGCUGAGCACAGUAAAUGAUACAACUCGAGCAUCUUAUGCACGUGUAACACAUGAGCAACACAAUGGGAUUCUGAUCCUUAAUGUAGAAGGUUCAGUUGCUGGAGACGACAGCCCUUCAGGACUCGUCGUGGCACUGUCUGUAGCUAUAGGUGUGUUUGGAUUCCUUUUAAUCUUGUCCACGGCUGCGUAUUUUGUGUUACGCCAGCGCUUGGGUAGACGACGCAGAGCCCCGGAUCACCAGGAACUCUCUCUCCAGGGACCAAUUAUUGAAGUGGAAAGCAACAGCUACAUACAUAAUGGUUAUGUGCCAGAAGAGGAGGAGGAACGACCAAAUCAUUAUGAAAAGCUGAAACAACAGGUGUGGAACAUACCACGCAACUUUCUGGAAGUGAAGACUGAUGUCUUGGGUAGUGGCACCUAUGGUCAUGUUGUCAAGGGUACUGUACAGCAGAGAGGGUUCCCAGUGCCUGUUGCUAUACAUGCUAUUGACGAUGUUUCCCUUGAGGGAGGUCUGAGGAAAAACAUGUUGAAAGAUCUAGAUGUUUUAAUUAGGGUGGGCACAAACCUUAAUGUUGUCCAUUUAGUUGGACUAUGUGAAACCCCAGAGAUGUUGUUUGUUGUACUGGAGCAUCAUCCUGCAUCCCUGAAAGACAUUUUGCUGGAAAGCAGGCAGCAGCAGCAUUUGGAAAAAACCCAAUCAAGAAUAUGUUCACUUCCUGAGCAACACAUUCUCGAAGUAAUUGUUGGUAUUGCACAUGCUAUGGAUCACCUCACCUCUAGGAAGAUUUUACACAAACAGUUGUGUGCACAAAAUAUUUUAAUGGCUGAUGGAAUGAUACCAAAAGUUUGUGGAUUUGGAAUUGCCCAGUACACAAAAAAUGGAAUUGUUCCAGAUUACACUCGAUGGACAGCUCAAGAAAUAUUCCGUGGUCGCUAUUUUGUGAGCAAAAGUGAUGUCUGGUCUUUCGGUGUUACAUUAUGGGAAAUUACUGCAUUGGGAGGAACACCUUAUGCUGAAGUGUCUAAUACAGAUGUCCCAGCUCGAGUGAUGCGUGGUUUACGAUUGGCACAACUACCUGUUGUUGGUGAUGACUUGUACCAGUUAAUGCUUCAGUGUUGGCAGCUUGAUUUGGAUGAGAGACCUACUUUUUCUGAGAUAGUCUGUAUACUGAAGAAUAUGUUGGAAGACACGUUGGUUCAUUUGAAUUUCUCAGCAAGUGUUGGCGUUCAUUAUCAACAGUACUUUCCAGACUUGGAAAUGCAGAAAUAGUGUUUUUCUGCAGUAGCACUGUUGCUUAACUAAUUGUUAUACAUUACUUAUGAUAUUUUAUUGUGUCAGUCUUUAGUACACCUAAGAGAGCCAGACUUUUUUUUUUAUAAUAUGAGAAGUUGUUCUGAUUUGGAAAAGAUGUAAAGUGCAGUAUAUAGUGGGCUUUUCAGUCAGGUUUGCAAUAUAAGUCUGACCUAUGUGACAGAAAAAAUUUGGUGUUUUAAAAUCAGUUACAUAACAGGUUGUGCCAAGGUGAUGAGAAUCGCCCCCUUUGCUCUCAUAAUUUUACACCCACUUGUGUUCUUUCCUUAUCAGUGAAUGUAUUCUUAUCCCCUCCCAUACAUUUCUUUCUUCAUUUUUAUCAUAUUAUUUGUUUAAUAUUAUAAGAACAUGUGUAAUAUUCAUUAUUUUUUAUUCCGUCCCUGCUGCCCACAGUGACAGGCAAUGUGUACUUCUUUUUUAUUUCAUCACUGUUAAGUCAUUGGUGAAAAAUCUGUGUAUUUUGUUGCAACCUAUUGCUCUGUAAUUUUUCAUUUGCUGUCUCUACUUGAAUGGUUAACACAGUUGUGUGUGUGUGUGUGUGUGUGUGUGUGUGUGUUUUGUGGUGCCACUGCUUUUGAUUUUAAAUAGUCUCAUGACACUUUCAAUGUAAUUGGAAAGUCAAUAGAUUGUUUAAGGAUGCAGUCUGGUUGAAUAACCUGGUAGAAGUAGAAAGACUUUCCCUGGAUAUGACCAGCUGAGAGCUUUGUCAUGCAGGUAAAGCCUGAUUAAACCAGAAGGGGCUCAGUGUGUAACUUUUAUAUAUGUGCCAAUAGACUGGAUUGCUGAAAUGGCCAUUGUUAGGUAACUAGUCUUUACAGUAAGUGGCAGCUGUCAUGGCAAGUUUUAUUUUUAUUUUUUUUAACUCCAUUGAUUGUAACUUGUUUUUAACAUUCCAUUGACAGCAGUGAAAUUUCACUGAUAAUUAUGUACUUAUAUUAUUUUUAAGUUUAUAGGCACUUAUUUUUUACCAUUUUUUAAAAUGUUGACACUUACAUUGGUAUUGUGAACAAAGACGUAGGAGCUAGAAAAUUUUAUUAGUAUUUAUUUAAGUUAAAUAUUAUUAUUUGAGCGUCAUGUAGAUGCAUUUUAUAUAAUGGACAUAACAAAACAUCAGAGUAGAUUAUGAUAUUCUCUGUCAUGUUCUUUCCAAGAUAAUUUCUAGUUUGUGACAAAUCUGUGCUGAAAAGAUAAGUAGAUAUAUCUAACAAUACUAUGCUUUCUGCAAAUUCUUACAUGUUUUAUGUGGAAAAUUGUACAUCUAUAAAAUGGUAAUUGGGUGUGGAUUUGGGAGUGCACAAUGCUAUGCAGUCUCAUUCAGGUCCAUGUUACUUCUUAAUCUGUUUGGAUGUUAAGGAAAAGUAAUGCUGUAUAUUGAGUUUUUGAUGAUGCAUAUUCUGUUAAGAGUAUUUCAGUAAUCAUAAGCGUCAUAUUAUCAGUGAAACAUGAUAUAGUAUUUACAUGCCAAAGACCUUAGGCUUAUUUAGUUCAGAAUACCACAAAAAAGGACUAAUGAUUGAGAAUGAGAAGUCAACAUCCACCUUGCGGAAAUAACCAUGAGCAGUUACAAGAUGCACCUUAUGAGCUGAUGUAAAAUGUUUGUUGACUUAACAGCAGAGGAAGGGGCCAGAUUAAUAUAUUUAGACUCAGUCUGCAAUGGAAGAAUGGAAUGAGACAUUUUUAGCAGGCUAUAAAAAUAUCAGAGUUAAGAGGUACAGGAAUUUUAUGUGCAUGGUAUUGUGAAAUGUGUUGAAAUAGUCAACUACAGACAAACAAAAAUUGAGAGAAAGAAAAAAAUCCUCAGAAUAUGAGCAGCAGUGUGCUAAUGGAAGAAGAAGGGAAGGUACACUUGACUUCAUCAUUCCCUUACAACAGCUUUGUUAUGCUUUUAACAUAAACACUGCCAUCUCUCUCUAAUUGUCUCCUAUGGUAUUUCUUGUGAAUAUCUUUAAUCUGCAGCCAUAUUACACUAUCUGCUACAAAAGUACCUUGUCUCUCAUACCUUCCUUCUCUGUUGAGUGGUUUAUAUCUUUCUUUACAUAUCAUAACCAGCUUAAGCUCUAGUGAAUCUGCUGCCAGUGCAGUAAACUGGUAAUAAUAAGUAAAUAAAUAAAUACAACAUGUAGCUCCCACUACAGUGGUGAUAUAGAAGUAUAGAGUUUUCAUUAUUUUGGGUUAUCAAAUAGCCUGCAGUUUAACUCAUUUACCUUUAUUGUUGGCAGUAUGAGAGAAACAGGUUGUGCUGCUAAAUUUUAUUGUUUUCCCUAAGCUUAGCAUCUGAGACCUAAAUUGAUCUUAUAGUUAACAGAAACAAAAUUAAUGUCUAGUACAAUAAUUUCUAUUUUCCACCACUUCAGUGGCAUGUAUGCAUGCCACUGCUUAAAUGUGUAAAUAAUGGAAGAAGAUAAGAUAACAUCUCACCGUGUAGUUGAGGCAUCGGUAAGCUUGUAAAAGACUCAGAAUGUUGCAGAGUUUUGGACGAAUCCUUCUUCAGAGCUUUUGUGUAUACAUUCAGUUGCAAGGCUACAUUGCCCCCAGCUGACCACAUGGGGCUGGCACUGCAGCUUGACUGAGUUUGGCAAUUGUCGAGUGGAGUGGGUAAGGAGAGAAAGAAGAGGGAGUGAUGGUUGGGGUGGCUGACAGCAGGCAAGUAGAGGCAGCAGGUGCAUGAGAUACGAAUGUGGGACCGGUGAGCUAAUCUUGGCUGCAUGCAGGAUGAGUUGUACAUGGUGUGUGAUGGUGUAGAGAAGUUGAUUGGGAGGGGAAAUCAAACAGAGGAAGAGGAGACUGUGGAGAGGUGGUCAGGUGGGACAGUGUAACGGUACAGUUUUUGUGUGUGUGCUGUAGAGCUAUGUAGAAGGAUUCAUCCUAAAGCUAGCAACAUUCUCAAUCAUGUUUAUGUGCCUAUUGACAACUCGACACCUGUUUCAUAGAGUAAUAUCUUUUCUCCUUCCAUUAUUUAUAUUCCACACAGGACUUUCCAUUAUCGUAUUUACAUGCCACUGUUUAUUUAUUCAGGUAGAUUCUCAUUUAGACUUGCCACAUUCAAGACCUUCUUGCCCUAGGAAAGUUUGACAUUGUCAUGAGGAAUAAAACCUAAGAUCUUCACUCCAGUGGCAAGCAGUGCUAACCAUGAAACUUUGAAGGUAGGGAACAUUAUUCUAGGGGAAAAAAAUCAGGUUCUUAAUAUUCACAGAGAAAGUGAAUGUUAUGUGUAAUACAGUCAUAUAAGAUAUGUAGAAGGAAAUGUUACCAAACUGUACAGUGGUUUCAAUGCAGGAAAUCCAAUAGGAAUAGAGAAUUCUGCAGGAUAAAGUAAGAUACCUUAAAAUGAGAGAAGUUGGGCUCCAUUCAUUACUGUAGGGUAAUCUGUUUCAAUACUGCCCCUUAAGGCCCUGCACUCUCAGGUGCCCCUUAGCUCAGCUGCGGACAGGCACAGCUAGCACGGCCGCCAAGCAGCCCUGUUACACUCAUUCUGCACGUACGCAAACCACUUGCCCACCCUUGCCCAUGUGCUUGACAGCUGCAGAAGAAUGAUCCAGAUGCUUAACGGCCCUCACGUCAACUGUUUACCCCCCUGUACCUGUGGGUGAUCUGCUUCCCACAGGCAGGCUCUCAAGCUGGAACAGCCUACUGUAGAAUUUAAUGGUUCUACCAAAUCCCACAAAAUAUGAGUGAGUGAACAGAACAGAUAGUUUCACUUCAGGCAUCAAAUGAUUUUAUUCAGCUAUAAGCUUGUCAGUUGAGCAGUGCAUUUAUGUACAUGAGUCACAUUUUGAAGCCCCACUAUCGUGUCUUUCAUUAGUCAGACAUUCACAGCAAAAUAUGUGUAGCUGACGUUACAGGGAUGAAACCUUCUGUUCAUGAAAUAAUUUUGUGAUCUUUGUUACUUUUGUAAAAUUAUGGGAAGUGUAUGAAUGCCAUAACAGUGAUAACUUAAGUGAGGACUAUGAAAAAAGUCAGUUUAAUUGCAGUGAGUUGAAAUUCCAGAUGUAUUUGUAUAUUAAGUAAUUAGGGAAAUUUCUUACCCACAAAAUUGUUUUAUGCUAUCUUGUCUUCAUGUAACCUUGUUGGCUUACAGUGCACUACAAGCUCCUGACUGCAUAUUUUGCAACAUUGUUGCAAUGCUUUUGUGAAACUGUGGUGUUUGUUGAUUCUUUUCAACUGUGUUUAGAAGUUGUGCUGGAUGAAAUAUAUUCUUUGUACAGUGUGUAAUAAACAUCAGUAGUUUUUCAUCCUUUCCUGUAUUUGUGGCCAUGUUUCUGAAUCUGGCACUCCAGUGAAUGUGGCACAGCUGAAGUUGAAUUGGCUGUCAAUUUGUGUUUAGUGCCACUGCUAUUCUACACUUUGUGUUUCCCAAAUUUUAAUUGUGUCAAAUUAUUUACGAAUCAAUAGUGGCACUGAAAUUCAUUUUGUGAGAUAUAAAGUAAGACACACUCUAUGUUUGUAAACUGUCUGUAGCUCGGGCAGCAAUCUCUUAUUGAGUCAUAUUGCAAGUACACUGUGAUGUCUACAAGGCCCACUGCCUCUCUGUUCCUCAACUGAUCUAAGAGUGAUGUAUCACACCCAUAUUUUCUAGCCCAGUAUUAAAUUAAUUAUAAUAUGUGUGAUGAUUUAUUGCAAUUAGUGUUCUGUAACUAGGGAAAAGAAACAAAAAAUAAGUUGUGACAGCCUCCGUCCACAGUUUACAAAUUAUAUUCUAUGUAUGUAGUUUAUUUUUUUAUUUUAUUUUGUCCUUGGAAAGACCAAAUAAAGUUCACUGUAUUAUUGUGAUCUGUGUAACUCAA